AUGAGAUAUUUGUUUUUAUUGUUACUAGAAGAAAAGCAAAUGCUCGCCAAAAUCAUGUUCCACUAUAAAUGUAGAAACAACAUUUAUCCUAAAACAGAUGGCAAAAUUGUUCGAUUUCAUGUACCAGAUGAUAAAGUUAGUUGGAAUUCCCCAUAUCCCAUGUAUAAUCCAACAUUCUUUACAUCAACAUGUAUUUUUGGUCAACCGUGGGCUGAUCUAGAUUUGAAUGUAUCUGACUUCCAACCCAAUUGGAAUUCAAUUGAUGGUUAUGUUAAUAGAAUUAGUUUGACUGGAAUGUAUGAAAUAAAAAAUGGCUAUCCCCUGAAUCCUUGUGGCCGAACUGGAGUAACUGGCCGUGGAGUUCUUGGUCGUUGGGGCCCAAAUCAUGCCGCUGAUCCAAUUGUUACUCGUUGGAAAAAAUCUAAAAAUGAACAUGUAUUUAAUGAAAACAGUAAUAAACCUAUUCUUCAGUUUGUUGCUAUUCAAAGAAAAGAUUCCGGUGAGUGGGCAUUACCUGGUGGUAUGGUUGAUUCUGGAGAAGUAAUUUCAACUACUCUGAAGAGAGAAUUUAUGGAAGAAGCUAUGGACUUGCUGCAAAAAUCUAAAGAAGAUGCUGUAAAAAUAGAAAAAGAAAUAGAGGAAAUAUUUAAUGAAGGCAUAGAAGUUUUUUGUGGAUAUGUUGAUGAUCCUAGAAACACGGAUAAUGCUUGGAUGGAAACCGUUGCAACUCUUUUCCAUGAUGAGAAAGGAAAUCAUGUAGGAAUGUUAAAACUUCACGCAGGAGAUGAUGCAGUUGGAGUGAAAUGGGUAGAUUUAGAUAGAAAUCUGAAAUUAUAUGCCAAUCAUAUAUCAUUUUUAGAGGAAAUUGCUACCAGAUUAAAAUGUCAUUGGUGA